UUCCCAUGAUGCACUCGGUGGUUACCUCCCCCCCCUCGGAGAAGUUGGAAGAAUCCAAAAAACUUGCCCCAAAUACUUUGAGCAGCAAAUAAAGUCAGCAGGCUGAGAGCAGAGGGGAAACUCCUGACUGCUGUCCUGAACCGGGCUCCGGCUAUUUCCCGCUUCACACGUAUACUAACGCACACAGGUGCCAUGGCAGAGCGGGUGCUGGUGGUUGGCAGUGGUGGACGGGAGCAUGCACUGGCCUGGAAGUUGGCCCAGUCGCCACAGAUUCAGCAAGUGCUGGUGGCCCCGGGAAACGCAGGCACAGCCAACUGUGGGAAGAUUAGCAACUCUGAGGUAUCAGUGAGUAACCACGCCAUCUUGGCUCAGUUCUGUAAGGAUCAUCACGUGGGGCUGGUUGUGGUCGGACCUGAGGUACCGCUGGCAGCAGGUAUCGUAGACGACCUGACGGCAGCGGGAGUGCCAUGUUUCGGCCCUUCUGCCAAAGCAGCUCAGUUAGAGGCCAGCAAGAGCUUCUCCAAGGCUUUCAUGGAGCGUCACAGCAUCCCCACGGCCCGUUACGGCUCCUUCACCGACCCCCAGGAAGCCUGCAACUACAUCCGCACCACCGACUUUCCUGCACUGGUAGUGAAGGCCAGCGGUCUGGCAGCAGGGAAGGGAGUAAUUGUGGCAAGAGACCAGGACGAGGCCUGUCAGGCUGUGAUGGACAUCAUGAAGGACAGAGCGUUUGGAGCUGCAGGGGAGACGGUGGUGGUUGAGGAGCUUCUAGAGGGAGAGGAAGUGUCUUGUCUGUGUUUCAGCGACGGCUCCUCAGUGUCUCCAAUGCCUCCAGCACAGGAUCACAAGCGGCUGCAGGAAGGUGACCUGGGGCCAAACACCGGCGGCAUGGGGGCCUACUGCCCCACCCCUCAGGUGAGUCAGGAGCUGCUGCAGCAGAUCAGAGUGACGGUCCUUCAGAAGACAGUGGACGGGAUGAGGGAGGAGGGCACUCCUUAUGUGGGUGUGCUGUAUGCAGGGCUGAUGUUGACCAAGCAAGGGCCAAAGGUGCUGGAGUUCAACUGUCGCUUCGGAGACCCUGAGUGUCAGGUGCUGCUGCCCCUGCUGAAGAGCGACCUGUAUGAAGUGAUCUCGAACACCAUGAAUGGCAAACUAGCCUCCAACGCCCCCGUGUGGCACCAGGACAGUUCUGCAGUCACGGUGGUUAUGGCCAGCGCUGGUUACCCUGGCUCCUAUAAGAAAGGAGUAGAGAUCACGGGUUUGUCCCAGGUUCAGGACAUGGGGCUGCAGGUUUUCCACGCCGGUACAGCCCUGAAGGAAGGAGGCGUGGUCUCCAGCGGUGGGCGGGUCCUGACGGUCACGGCAGUCAGUUCAUCCCUGGAGACGGCCCUGCAGGCAGCCAAUCGGAGCGUGGCUGCCAUUGGCUUCCCGGGUGCCGUGUACCGCCGUGACAUCGGCCACCGGGCCAUUGCCCACCUGAACCAACACAGAGGUCUGACCUAUAAGGACAGCGGAGUGGACAUCGCUGCCGGUAACAAGCUGGUGGAGAUGAUCAAGCCUCUGGCAAAGGCAACUUCUCGUACUGGGUGUAAUGCAGAACUUGGGGGCUUUGCUGGUCUGUUUGACCUGAAGGCAGCAGGAUUUGUCGACCCAAUCCUGGUUUCUGGGACAGACGGAGUGGGGACCAAACUCAAGAUCGCCCAGGCGUGUGGGCAGCAUGGCGGCCUGGGUCAGGACCUGGUGGCCAUGUGUGUGAACGAUGUGCUGGCUCAGGGCGCCGAGCCGCUCUUCUUUCUUGACUACUUCUCCUGCGGCAGCCUGGAUGUGGAUGUGGCCGCCUCUGUGGUUGGCGGCAUCGCUAAGGCCUGCGAGAUGGCGGGCUGUGCUCUGUUGGGAGGUGAGACAGCAGAAAUGCCGGGUGUUUACGCUCCAGGUGAGUACGACCUGGCUGGGUUCUGCGUCGGAGCAGUGGAGCGCGGAGCUCUACUGCCCAGGCUGGGGGACAUCGCUGAGGGGGACCUGCUGAUCGGAGUGGCCUCCUCUGGAGUCCAUAGCAAUGGAUUCAGCCUGGUCCGCAAAGUCCUGGAGAGGGCCCACCUCAGCUACAGCUCCCCCGCUCCCUUUGGCAAGCCAGGACAGACUGUCGGAGAGGUUUUGCUCACACCAACAAAGAUCUACAGUCGUCUGCUCCUGCCAAUCCUGCGCAGCGGUGCUGUCAAAGCCUACGCACACAUCACAGGGGGUGGACUUCUGGAGAACAUCCCUCGGGUGCUGCCCCAGCAGCUGGCAGUCGAUUUAGAUGCAUCUCGAUGGAGCAUCCCUCCAGUGUUUUCCUGGCUCCACAAGGAGGGGGGUCUGAGCGAGGAGGAGAUGGCCCGAACCUUCAACUGUGGCCUGGGGGCAGUGGUUGCGGUCGCCCCCUUGGAUGCUCAGAGGGUUCUGCGCCAGCUUCAAGCGCACGAAGAGGCCUGGAUCGUUGGUUCAUUGGCCCACAGGCAGCCUGGGGCAGAACCUGUGGUGGUCCGUAACCUUAAACACAGCCUGCUGAAUGCGGGACCAGCGUCCGGUGGAGAGUUGGGGGUUGAGCAAGAUAGUGGCUGCCAUGGCAACAACAGGACCCCACGCAAGAGGACAAGAGUAGCUGUUCUCAUCUCUGGCACAGGCACCAACCUUCAGGCCCUGAUAGAGCAGGCCAAGCGUCCGUCCAGCUCAGCAGAGAUUGUGGUGGUCAUCUCCAACAGGCCUGGAGUUCAGGGCCUGAAGAGAGCAUCGCUAGCUGGCAUCCAGACACGGGUGGUGGAUCACAAACUGUACGGGAGCCGAGCAGAGUUUGAUGGCACCAUUGAUCGCGUGCUGGAAGAGUUUGGGGUGGAGCUGGUGUGUCUGGCUGGAUUUAUGAGGAUCCUCACGGGAACCUUUGUCAAGAAAUGGAACGCAAAGCUACUGAACAUCCAUCCAUCCCUGCUGCCAUCAUUCAAGGGUGUGAAUGCCCAGAAGCAAGCCCUGCAGGCAAGGGUGCGCGUCACUGGCUGCACGGUCCACUUUGUAGCAGAAGAGGUGGACGCAGGCGCCAUCAUCGUGCAGGAGGCGGUGCCUGUGCUGAGCAGCGACACAGAGGAGAGUCUGUCCGACAGAAUCAGAGAGGCCGAGCACCGAGCCUUCCCUGCCGCUCUGGAGCUGGUGGCCAGCGGCGCCGUCAGCCUUGGAGGGGACGGAAACAUCAUGUGGAAGUCGGAUUUACAGAGUUAAAGAACUCAAAUCCCGCUCAACGUUACUUUAAAAGACACUUACUAGGCAGACUGAUGAAUAGAAAACAAAUUUACUGUUUUUAAAAGCAUCAGCUAAGGUCACAAUAUAAC